CUCUGGCUGAGCCGAUUAAUCCACAUUCAGAUAGAGAAAAUCAUGAAGUCUCUCCUUUUUCUAGCACUCAGUGUUCAUCUGGCUUCAGCAGGCUCCCACUUUCUGCAGUACCUCUACACUGCAGUAACUCCGGGAAUAAACUUCCCAGAGUUCACUGUGGUUGGUCAGGUGGAUGGAGAGCAGAUUGGCUACUAUGACAGCAACAUCAGGAAGAUGAUCUCCAAGACAGAAUGGAUAACGAAGGUUGAUGCUGAUGCUCCAGAUUACUGGACCAGAGAGACCCAGAUUAGUCAGGAUCAUCAGGCGACCUUCAAAGUUAACAUGGCUACGGCAAUGCAGCGCUUCAACCAGACUACAGGAGUUCACACAGUGCAGUGGAUGUACGGCUGUGAGCUGCAUGAUGAUGGAACCAGGAGAGGAUACAUGCAGUACGGCUAUGAUGGAGAAGACUUCAUCAGUCUGGAUCUGAAAACUGAAACCUGGACUGCAGCCAACGCUAAAGCUGUUAUUACCAAACAGAAGUGGGAGAGUGAAGCCUGGGCUGCUCAGGUGAAGAACUACCUGGAGAACUCCUGUACUGAGUGGUUACACAAGUAUGUGGGUUACGGCAGAUCCACUCUGGAGAGGAAAGUCUCUCCUGAGGUGUCUCUGUUCCAGAAGGACUCUUCUUCUCCAGUGGUGUGUCAUGCUACAGGUUUCUUCCCCAAAGCAGUGAUGAUCUCCUUGCAGAAGAAUGGAGAGGAUCUGCAUGAGGACGUGGAGCUCAGAGAGACGCUACCCAACCAGGAUGGAACCUUCCAGAAGAGGAGCGGUCUGACCGUCUCACCUGAGGAGCUGGACAAACACAACUACACCUGCAUCAUUCAGCACAGCAGCCUGGAGAAGGAGGUGGUGCUACAAUUUUCUGCUCGCAAGGUCCAUCAUGGUGGAAGAGAGGAGAGCUCAGAUGAACGCUUACUUAGCUCAUGUGGAAGAUUAUUUGGAAAAAUCUUCAUUGUAGUCGCGGCCGUUCUUCUCCUCUUUUCCCUGUGAAUGAUGGAGAAAGAUUGAAAAAUGAGCUAGAGAGCAGGACAACAGGAGCAAGAGGAUCAACUCACUUUUAGAUGAUUUUUAAUGAUUCAGUCAUUUUUUCUUUACGGCAUUCAAUAUCAAUGAAAUAUCUCAUACACCGUCGAAGCUUCCAUAUUCACGCUCAAAUAUCUUAAUAUUUUCGACUGUAUAAUCAAAUUUUUACUGAUGUCCAUUUCCAUUUAGUUCAUAACUCUGUUUUUAUGUUUAAUUUCAUUCUGUUAGGUUGGUAACAGCAUCUGUACUGCUUUCUGAUUGGUCACAAGACUAACAGACUUCAAUUUCUAUGCUAAUAGAUGCUGGAUGGACUGAAGUUCUACUGCAGUUUAGUACGUAAAGAGUAAAUCUGUGUUGAUUUAUUACUAUAUUCUCACUUUUACCCGCUAAAAUCCAUUUUUACUGUAACUCUUCUGAACUGAUCUGCAGUCAGUUUCGUUGUACACACCACUACCUACAGUUCAAUAAAAUCUGUCUACUUGAA